AUGUCGACCGCAGUUAUCUCUGGUGAUGGUGUUGAGUCUCGAGCAGUGGAUGCGCGCAGAGAAGUUCCAGAAACGUUACAAACAUUGGCGAUCUCGGUGGGACUGGAAGUUGGCAAAGUAGCGAAAGAGCAGAACGUGCCCGCGUCCAGGCUGGCGGACUUGGUCUCCAUGGUCAAGAGCGAGUUAGGAGAAGAGUUCGAGUCGGAUGACUGGGGAUGGGUGGGCGGUAUCCUGGUGAAGGAGGUCCCCGUCGUAUUGGAUAUAGAGCCCCCAGAACAAGGCGACGACCCGCCCUCCCAGGAAGCAUCGCAGUCGGUUGCUGUGCUGAAGAGGCUUCUUGAGGCGGAGUUGACGUUGGCUUACCAUCCGGGGGAUGACGAAGUAGAGCCAAAGGAUCAUCAACGACAUUGGAGGGUCGCGAAACGCGAGGCAUCGGAUAAUCUGUGGGCGGAAAGACUGUCGCCGUUUGCGGUUAUGCUUCCCAAGAGUUUCGAAGAGAGGUAUCUGGCGGUGAGAGUCGAGUAUCGUCGAUCUCGAAGUCAGGGUAGUCGACGAUGGGCAGGGGAGUAUCCCGGAGCUUGGAGGGGUAUGGGAGACCCUCCGGGAGCAGGGAUACAGAGAGCGACGGUGGUAAGCCGGGAAUCCGAAAUCAAAGAGUACGAGUCGGGGCCGAGAGCGACGGUGAUGAGCCCAGAAACCGAAGUCAAAGAGCAGGAGUCGGGACCGAAGGGAAUUCGGGAGCCACCCAGGCUUCGGGAGUUGACGGAGGAGGCCGUGGAAAAAAUCCGAAAGGCAGCGGAGGCGACGAAACCUCCACCUGGGGGAAUGUUCAAAAUCGGGGACGAUAUCGAUCAUCCCCAGACACUCUCGGAUUUCAGAGCUUACUUCGAGACGGUCUCGAGCCAACGAGCGUGGACGGUAGUCCAUGAAUUUUUCUGGCUCGCGAAGUUUGUAGAUACUCCCCUCUGGUUAAACAUUUCGAAAACUCGGGGACGGAAGUUGCUAGCCAAUCCUCUGUGCCGAGCCUCGUAUUCUGAGGCAGUGGAGGCGAUUUGGAAGUCUUUGAGAAACCUCUCGGGAGCGGAUAAGGAGAGAGAAGCCCUCCUUCGCGAGGCUCAGCAGUUGGUCCAACGGAAGGGUGAGGGAGUUAUGGCAUAUCUUUACCGCGUCAAUGACUAUAAGCUCAAGUGUGAGAUAGCUGGAGUUUGCCAUGAGACGCCUCAUUGGCUGUCCGUGUCCCGUGUGGGCAUGCGAGAAGAUUUGGUCAAGAAGCUCAGCUACCUGGUGCAUGUUGGUGACGACGACCUCGCCUGGGGCAAGUGGCUUACGGACAUGGAAAGGAUGUCAUCCUCGGCGGGGUCAGGAGUGCGGGUGGUAGAGUGUUCGGAAACGGUGGAGUCCCAAGUAUCGUUACCACCCCCGAAGAUUCAAGAGAGAGAUGCCAGAGCUCGCAUCGAGGGACAGGCGGAGAAGGGUUCCGCGGCCGCAGGCUCCGAGCCGAGAAAGCCGGGGCAAAGUGCUUUCAAAGGACGAUGUUUCCUUUGCCAUCAGUCCGGUCACAUGAAACGGGAGUGUCCCCAUCGCGAUAAGUAUAGAGCUGCACGGUUGACGGCAACGAAAGAAGUUAUGGCAGCGGAGGAGUUUGCUGGGAAAAGGGAACAGUCUCGGCAAGAAAGUGGCGAGGCGGCAGGAGUAGAGGAGUCCCAGAAGACGAUGAAAAUCACGAGUGCGGCGUUUGCAGCUGAUUGCCAUGCGGCAUCCUCGGCCGUCUUAUCGUUUGCUCUAGGGGGCGCGGACGAGGUCCCGCAAGUCACCCUUCAAGGUGGCAGUCAUAACCUUGUCUCUCUCCUCGAUACUGGAUCGUCAUGCACGCUGAUAUCAAAGGUGGUGGCUGACGAGUUGAGAGAAGAGGGUAGAGCUGUUAGAGUGGGAAAGCCUCCGGUGGUGAUUCGAUAUGCCAACGGCGAGGAGGAGAAAGCCGAUGGGGAGAUUAUCAUAAGAGUGUCACUGAAUGGCAGUGACUGUUUUCUUCCGUGUCUUGUGGUAAAGAGACUCGGGAGAGAUGGGUUGAUUCUCGGCCGUCGUGCACUCAGGCUGUUGGGCAUGUCGAUCGAGUUCGCUCAGGACUCACCGGCGGAGAGAGCCAGGCUGAGAAGAGCCUUCGAAGACCGCGUUGCCGUCCACGCCAUCCAUGAUGACCUCCAGCCCUUAGAAGAGGAGGCAGAGAAUCGCCUGUGUGCUACAGUCGACUGUUAUAAGGCAGAAGGAGAGUUGUUCGUGCCCGACGAGGAGGACAGAGCUCUGCAGUGCAUGGACGAUACGGUGGGCCGAUCGAAUUUCGGAGAGCGGGAUGUACUCGACAUCAGAGUGGAUAGCGUCCUCAGCCGGAAGAAGGAAGAGGCGGGUCUGAAGACUUCGACGGAUCUCGACGAGGAAGCCAUCAUCAAGGACCUUCUAGAGGCAGUAGUCCAGGAAGGGCCGGUCCAGCUGGCGGAGGGUUAUACCCUUAAACUCUCACGCGAAAGCGUAGACGGCAUGCUCACUGACGGGCAGCGAUAUCAAUUCGUGGCGCAGUGGAAUCUGCGGGACCACGGCGGGAGCGUCAAGCCAUGGUCGAGCGGCAAGAUGAUAGCCAACCUUCUGCCUCUAGAGAAGGAGGAAUUCGAUGGUCAUUGUCGAGAAUAUGAGGCUCAGGGAUGGUGGUUUCCAGAGAAAUCGGAGGUGACUCAGCGGCAGGAUGCGGGGAAAUGGCAGUGCCCUUACGGCACUAUUUUCCCGGUCCGGCAGGCGGCUGAGGGCCUAGCAGAUGCUGGAGUGGUUUCGGAAGGAGCUGUUUGCAAAACCACCAAGACCAGGCCCGUAGCGGAUCUUAGGCCAAUAAAUGGAGCGAGUCCACCAGUGAGCAAUCAACAAUCCACUACGGCAGAAGCGGCUCGAAUUUUGAGGAGCAAGCUGAAGAAAGGCGAUAUCGUCCGUCAAUUCGACUUGACUCGGGCAUUCUAUUGUAUAGGAGUGGAACCAAUUACGGAAUCAAACCACGUUGUACCUCUCCGGUUGGCAGUCGCACAUCGCCGAUUUCUCUGUCGACGAUUGGCUUUCGGCCUGGCGUGUGGGCCUUUAGUUCUUCGGAGUUCCCAACGAGUGGUCUUGAAAGUUGUUGAAGCCGCCCGGGUUAUACUGGGAUAUUCCAGCGAUGUAUCGGUCACGGUGGUGAUGGACGAUUUCAUCGUCUGGGGGGAUGAAGCGGCAGUCAGGGCAGUGGAGUUACUGUUACUGAAAGCCUGGCAGCUAACUGGAUUCCUCUGUCCAGAACAAAAGCGUACCCAAUGGGGGUCGAUUGUCCCCACGAGAUGGCUGGGUAGCGGUUGGAUUUGGGAUGGAGAUCGUGGGAUUCUGAGUCUGGUGCGUCCGAAUGCCGUUGAAGAGAACUUGUCGAUCGACAUAAACCGCCUGACGAAGCGCCAGGUAUUCAAGUUGGCAGGCAGAUAUGUCGAGAUUUCUGGUGGGGUGAAUGAAAGUCUGGCUCGAGCUCAUGCGGAUUGUGCCAGGGUUCUGGCCAGCGUGGAGGCGGCCUGGGACUCGGUAGAUUCGGAGGGAUCCUGGAAAAAGCCAGCGUCCGUCCAUCUCGGCCUGGCUCAGCGAUACUGGGUGGAGGCGAAGAGAGUCGAAGACUCCGACCUGCGGUUGUUCAAAGGCCUGGAACAUCUUAUCGCGGAUGUAGACGCGUCGGCUGGAGGGUAUGGCUUUGUGUGGCGUGACCCGGAGGGCCGAGUGGUACGCGCUGAGGCCAGAGUGCAGAGCAAGUCGAUGGCAUUGGGGUCAUGGCAUUGUAAUCGUCGGGAGCUAUUCGUCAUAGCGGCUUGUCUAAGGCGCCUGGAUGAGGAGAUUCCACUCUUCUCCGAUCUAAAAAGAGUUGAGAUUCGUGGCGACAGCCGCGUGGCAGUGCGCCAAGCCGAUCCCUGGAACGUCCCUGCAUGCAAGAGCAUGGAACGACGAGCCAUCCUGCGUUUACGUGGGGUGGUGGCUGAAGCUACCCAUGCCCUGAAGUGCGGCACACCAUCGGUGACCGUAACCUUUGCUCAUCUGCCUGGGGUUAGUAAUGAUAUCGCCGAUGCGCUGUCAAGGGUAUCCCUCACUUCGAAAUAUAUCCCGGUGUUGGAGAAGCGAGAAGCGGUCAUAUUAGCGGGUUGCGCCGCGGUGGAAGCUCACUCAUGGCUGGCUGAUGAGGCCGGUGGUAUCCAUUCUAUAGCGUCCGUUCAGAGGUGGCGGAGACUACGUGCGUGUUUCUUUGCUCUGAAGGGCGUGGGCGAAUUAUGUGGAAGAAUAUUCUUGAUUGUCUCGGUCGAUUACUAGGGCGUGCGCUACGGUGAUGGAGACGUGCUGUUCGUAAUCUUAUUACGCCCGAAUCUUUUUAUCUCUCAUUCGCUAUGUCGACCGCAGUUAUCUC